AUGAAUUCGACGGAUUUCUGGAUGACAAUCCCGGAGAAUUACCGGUACUUUAGCUUCAGAAGAGCUGGUAGACGAUUAGUAGAUGACUGGAAGCUCAAAGACACUCUUGGAAUUCAUCGUGGAGGAAUUUUAUUGGCGACAUUGGACCCAAGCUUUGGAAAGUGUACUGUAGACAAUUUGAAGAAUUGUCAAGUUCAAAGGGAAUGUUAA